UCAGCGAGGACUCAGCUAGAAGAAGCUACAGUUAAAAGAAUGGACAAAGAUGCAGAAGCAUUAAAAGCAGCCCGAGCAGAACUCUGUGAAGCGAGGCGGCAGUGGCACCACAUGCAGAUCGAGAUCGAAUCUCUCCACGCUGUGGAAAGGGGUUUGGAACGUUCACUGCGUGCCACAGAGCAGCAGUACCAUAUGCAACUACAAAACUUGGAAUCUGAGGUUGAAUGCUUGGAGAAAGAGCUACUGGAAAUGAGAAGAGGUAUUGAGAAACAGCUUCAGGCACAUGAAAUUCUCCUGAACACCAGGAUGAAGCUGGAGGAGGAAAUAGCAACAUAUCGCAGUCUGCUGGAGCAAGAAGAGAACAGGUUUCGCUCCUGUACAACUGAGCAGAAGGAUGACAAAAAGCCCACCACCAGCAAGAUUGCCUUUAAGCUGUCUGCAAGUGGUGUAAAGCAGCAUGAAACUGAGAAGGUGGAAGUGCUGACAAAACAAGCAAUCCUAGAUGGAAACAUUACAAAGGGAAGCGCUGAAGCUCGUGGCACUGUACAGACAGAAAAAGUGGAUGAAGUCAUUAAAGAAUGGGAAGGUUCUUUCUUUAAGGACAACCCUCGCUUAAGGAAAAAGUCUGUUUCGUUGCGCUUUGAUCUCCACUUGGCAGCAACAGAUGAAGGAUGUUUACACACUAAAAAGAAAACUCUUCCCGACAUCGAAGUCCGGCUGGUAAUGAGGAGAUCUUGCAGUAUUCCUUCCAUCAAACCUUAA